CUGGAGGUCGCUAGUCCGGACGCUACAAGCCAAGCGAAGAGAACCCAGGCACGGGGUCCAGGUGGGAGACGACACGCCCGUAAGUCGCAAGGGCGGACUGGAAGCGGUGCUGCCGCACAGCAGGCGGAGGGGCAGCCGGGGGCGAUUGAGACACUCCAGGGAGCUGAGCGGGCAGGGGGGCAGCCGAGGGUGCCCGGAGCACCCCAGGGAGAGCAGCAGGCAGGAGGGCAGCCGAGGGUGCCCGGAGCACCGCAGGGAGUGCAGCAGGCAGGGGGGCAGCCGAGGGUGCCCGGAGCACCCCAGGGAGAGCAGCAGCCAGGGGGGCAGCCGGGGGUGACCGGAGCAUCCCAGGGAGAGCAGCAAGCAAGGGGGAAGCCGGGGGUGACCGGGGCACCCCAGGGAGCGCAGCAGACACGGGGGCAGCCGAGGGUGCCCGGCACACCCCAGGGAGAGCAGCAGGCAGGGGGGCAGACGGGGGGUGAGCAGCAGCCAAGGGGGCAGCCGGGGGUGACCCAAGCACCCCAGAGAGAGCAGCAGUCAGGGGGGCAGUCGGGGGUGACCGGAGCACCCCAGGGAGAGCAGCAGGCAGGGGGGCAAUCGAUGGACGACCAGGAGCAGCAGUUGGAGGAGUGGAGCCGACUUUUGGCGUUUGAUACCCCCAUGGCGAUUGCGGAGGAGUCAGAGGCGGACGAAGAAGCUCCUAGGCCGCCUUCCCCAUGCCCCCGUUUUCCGUGCGACACGUGA